GGCGGGACGCGCAUGCGCGGGGGUGCGGUUCGGCGGCGGCAGCGCCGGUAACGGACGGAGGAGCAACAAUGGAUUGGCCCCAACAAAGAUGUAGCAGGUGUUGGGAGGAGACAUCCCAUCUGAAGUGGAGGUGAUGGAGGGAGCUGAACGUUGACCACACCAACAUGGGGUUGCGACUGUUGGCUUGUCUUUUUCAUCUGCCCACCGCGGUGAUCUACGGCUCCCUGUCGCUCUUCGUUUCCAUUUUGCACAAUGUGUUCCUCCUGUACUACGUGGACACCUUUGUCUCUGUUUACAAGAUUGAUAAACUGUCCUUUUGGAUAGGAGAGACAGUGUUUCUGAUCUGGAACAGCCUCAAUGACCCUCUCUUUGGCUGGCUGAGCGACCGAGUGUUCCUUAGCACACAGCAGCCAGGAGCAGAGAUUUCCUCUCCAGAAGUAGUUUUGAAGAGGCUCAGGGCGCUAAGCCACAAUGGCCCCCUCUUUGCCAUCUCUUUCCUGGCUUUCUGGGUUGCUUGGGCUCAUCCUGGUUUGCAGUUCCUCCUUUGCCUUUGCAUGUACGACAGUUUCCUCACCAUGGUCGACCUCCAUCACAACGCCUUGCUGGCGGACCUGGCUGUUUCAGCAAAAGACAGGACUAGCCUCAACUUCUACUGCUCCCUCUUCAGUGCCAUAGGCUCCCUCUCUGUGUUCAUGUCCUACGCGGUGUGGAACAAAGAGGACUUCUUUUCCUUUCGCAUAUUUUGCGUGGUGCUGGCCCUCUGCUCCAGCCUCGGCUUCACCCUGUCCACCCAGCUGCUUCGCCAGCGGUUUGAGGCUGAUGGGAAAGCAAAAUGGGACCAGGAAUCAACCCUAAAAGAGCUGUACAUUGAGAAACUCUCCGUCCCCCAGGAGAAGAGGAUCACCCUGGCAGAGUAUCUCCAGCAGCUCUCCCGGCAUCGCAAUUUCCUCUGGUUUGUCUGCAUGAACCUCGUCCAGGUUUUUCACUGCCACUUUAACAGCAACUUCUUCCCCCUGUUCCUGGAGCACCUGCUGUCAGACCAGAUCUCUGUCUCUACUGGAUCCUUCCUGCUCGGUGUUUCCUACAUUGCCCCCCAUCUCAACAACCUCUACUUCCUCUCCCUCUGCCGCCGCUGUGGGGUUUACGCUGUGGUGCGAGGACUUUUCUUCCUGAAGCUGGCUCUCAGCGUUGUCAUGCUCCUGGCAGGACCCGACCAGGUGUAUCUGCUCUGCAUCUUCAUUGCCAGCAACCGAGUGUUCACAGAAGGGACCUGCAAGUUGCUCAACCUGGUGGUCACAGACUUGGUGGAUGAAGAUCUAGUCCUGAACCGCAGGAAGCAGGCAGCCUCAGCGCUGCUCUUUGGGAUGGUGGCUCUGGUCACCAAGCCAGGCCAGACCUUCGCCCCUCUCAUCGGCACCUGGCUGCUCUCUGCAUACACAGGCUACGACAUCUUCCAGCGCAACCCCUUGAGCAACGUGGUGAGUGCCCAGCCCAAGCUGGACUCCGCCGCAGCCUUGGAGCCGACUCUUCGCCAGGGCUGCUUUUACCUCCUGGUGUUCGUGCCCAUCGCCUGCGCGCUGCUGCAGCUCCUCAGCUGGUCCCAGUUCAGCCUGCACGGGAAACGGCUGCAGAUGGUGAAGGCUCAGCGCCAAAGCCUGACGCAAGGCCGAGCCCCAGAGAUCAAAACCAUCUAGGGGUGUCUGAGCCCCCACCCGGGGGGGGGUUCCUUGCUGGCUCCAGGGUGGCGGCGGCUGAGAAACCCCCGUGUUUACAGUUCCACUGUGAAAUGCUGUAACGGUGAUGGUUACUCCUUCCGGGAGGAGGUGGCUGGGGAAGGCAGAGAAGUUCAGCGUGUGAGGGGCCUGGGGUAAGAUCGUUUGGCCACAGGAGCCAGAAGGCUUUGUCCUAGCCUGUGCCAGCAGGGAGGUGACAGUGCUGGGGACAGCCACAUCUCCAGUGCAGUCCUCUGCCCUGGUUGUGGCCCCGGCUGAGCAGGAGGGGAUGCAAAGGGACACCUUCCUUGCCAGAGCCCUGCAGCAGUGGGGAGUGGAGUGGGAGGUUCCUGAGCGACCCAGUGACCCAGAGGGUGACUUCAGGACAGCAGGAGCGGGGAUGGGAGGAUCCUGAAGGCCUUUCCCAGUAGCUGGUACAACCACGUACAGCGCUGCGGUUCUUGGACCAAAUCUGCUCUUGGGCAUUUCUUGUUCCCAGGACGAUGUCCCACACGGCCAGGGGCUGCUGGCUGGGCUGGUGCUGUGCCGAGGCUGCCUCAGAGAGGGAGUUGUUGCUGGGCUGGGAGAGCUGCUGGGCUUGAACUGGGCUCAGCCUGGAGCUGGAACAUCUCAGCUGGCAUCCCGUUGCCUGUGUUUCUCCCUCCUCUCCCUCCUGCAGCCCCUUCCCCUCAGCGCUGUCACUGUCACACCGCUGUGCCAGGAGCCCCCUCCCGCAGCCUGGCGCCUUUCCCUCUCGCAGGGGGAGAGCACAGCCUGGAGGAGACACCAGGUCUUGCUUUUGUGCCUUCGAUUCCUCCGAGGAGCCUGUCUGACCCAAUGCUGGGCAGUCACGGGGUUGAGAUUUUACCUCUGGGGGGGAGAGACAGACACCUUGUGUCCUCUCCCCUGAAAACGCUGCCCCAGAGCUUGAUCAUAGAAUGGUUUGGGUUGGAAGGGACCUUAAAGAUCAUCUUGUUCCAACCCCCAGCAUCAACUGGCCCGAGGAGGAGAGCAGGGGGAUUGGUUUCUCUGGUUCCAGCUGGGAGCAGAGCGGGCAGGUCGUCACCAGAGGGGUCCCUGCAGUGAGGGAGGGUCUCCUCGGUCCCUGUUUGGGGACAGGGAGAAGAGAUGUGCCAAAGCAGAGCUCUGCCCUGUGUGUCCCAGCAGGAGCAGGGGGUGCAGGCAGUGUUUGAAGGCUGCUCCGGGCUUUGGGGGCCAUUCUUUAUUUAGUGCCAGGUUCCCUCGGGGGUCUCAGCCCACAAACCUGCCCUCCUGCCUCAGGACACGGCUGCCUUCUCUCUCGGACCAAGGCAUUCCUGCCACGAGGCUCCUGUAGCUCUUUGAUGGUUCAAUCAUUAAGUUAUUUGUGCGACUUCUAACAAAAGUUUGAGAAUGAUUCUUCAUUUCAUAAAUUAAAGAUGAUCUUUUCUGUA